AUGAGUAUUCUCCAGGAAAAGGAUGACAUAUUUUUGGACCUGAGACAGAAAUUCUGGAAUACAUAUAAGUCGGCUGUCCCCGGCCCUGGCGGCGGAAGAGAUGGAGCAACGUCACGAGCGCCCGGCCCCUUAAGACGCUGCUGGCUGGAGCCGCCUCCCUCCCUGCAACCCGCAGCGGGGAUGGAGUAAAGGGAGACCCGUCGACCUGCCCGCGGAGAUCAGCGAUGGAGUUAAAGCAAUCUUUGUCCAUCCAUCUGGAAGCUGAGAAGCCUUUGAGGCGCUAUGGGGCGGUGGAGGAGACGGCGUGGAAAGCGGAGGGACUGGGGAGAAAUCAGCUAGACAUCAUCUCCAUGGCAGAGACAACCAUGAGGCCAGAGGAGAUCGAGCUGGAGAUGGUGAAAAUCCAGCGUCUCCGGGAAGUCUUGGUCCGGCGGGAGUCUGAGCUCAGGUUUAUGAUGGAUGACAUCCAGCUCUGCAACGACAUCAUGGACUUGAAGCAGGAGCUGCAGAACUUGGUCGCCAUCCCAGAAAAAGAAAAAACCAAGUUGCAGAAGCAGAGAGAGGACGAGCUAAUCCAGAAGAUCCACAAACUGGUGCAGAAGAGAGACUUCCUGGUGGACGAUGCAGAGGUUGAGCGGCUAAGGGAGCAAGAAGAAGACAAGGAAAUGGCCGAUUUUCUGAGAAUCAAGUUAAAACCUCUAGACAAAGUAACCAAAUCUCCAGCCAAUAAACAGCCUCAGCUCUUUCACUGGGUGACGGUGCCAAAGGUGCCAAAGGCUGCUAAGAAGACCGAGGCCUGUGGUCAGCAGGGUCAUCUCCUGGACGGCAGUGUCAGCAAAGCGGGGAAGGACCACCCAACAGAGGAGACGACAAGGGAAGGACCUCGACAGAGCAGAUUCUCAAGGAGAUAAAGGGUUUAACUGAUUAAGUGCAUUGGGAGGGAAACCUUGUGAAAGAGACACAGCUUAUCAUUUGGGGACCAAACAGCAUGUGAAGC